AUGUCGUCGGACGCCACGAAUGACGAGCUGCACCGCAGGCUCUUUGACGAGGGCAUCAAGGUCCGCAAGGACGUCCUCGGCAGCGAGUACGUGGAAAACGCGCUCAGCAGCGCCACGCCCUUCACCCGGCCUGGCCAGGAGCUCAUUACCGAAUGGGCAUGGGGCACCGUCUGGCAGCGGCCCGGGCUCGACCGCAAGCAGCGCAGCCUCUUGACUCUGGGCCUGAUCAUCGGCCAAAAGGCCUGGCUGGAGCUGGGCCUGCACACGCGCGGCGCCAUCAACAACGGCAUGACGGAGCUGGAGAUUCGGGAGGCGGUCCUGCAUGCUGCCGUCUACUGCGGGACGCCGUCUUGCAUCGAGGCCAUGAUUGUCACGCAGAAGACGAUCAAUGACAUGGUUGACAAGGGGGAGUACAAGCGGCCGGAAAACUAG